ACUUGCAGAAUGCAAGAAAAGCUGUUACUUGAAGUUGUAGCAGGCAACGGUCAUGGUGCUGCCGAUGAAGGCUUUUCACCGGUGUCAACAUCAUUCGCUGACGUGCAUCGCAUUGAGAUUUUCUCAAUCAUCAAUGCCAUUCCUUCAUUUGCAUAUUCACCACACAAAGAGGAAGAAAGUGUUGAAAGGUUUAAAACUGUUUGCUAUAUGGAAAAAGUGCUCGUUUCGUUGGAGAAAUACAAUGAUUCAACGGAUUUAUCAGACGCACAUGAAGUAGGUUAUGUGCUGCUGUUGUGGUUGACUAUUCUGUGCAAGAAUCCGUUCGACUUCAAACGCUUCGAUUCCUCUUCGAAAGGACCAUCGACAGUGCGUCGUAUCAUUCACACUGUUAUGCCCUACCUUUACAUGGGUGUAACCAAGCUUUUGCCAGUGUGUUCACUGCUGUUGGCAAUCGUCGUGACACGAGAAGAUGCAAGAGCAAGUUUAUUAUUGGAAACGAUCGAGUCAUGUGUGAAGGCAAUAUCGACCUGUUCCAAAACAACCUCCGGAUAUAACAUAUUGAUCGCGAAUCUCUACCUUCUUACUUCUAUCUUCAAACAUGGUCGACGUGAUGAUCUGUUACCGUUGGCUGGCACUGUACUGAGGGCAGUCGCACCUCUCGUGAAUGUUAACAGUUCUGAUAUCAUCGUAAAAAAGCUUCUCAUCAAAUUAAUUCAGCGACUUGGAGUGGUCUUCUUGAAACCGAAGGUGUCGAAGUGGCGUUAUGAGCGUGGUGAUCGUGUGCUGAGUGUUGAUUCGUUGAAAGUGCAACAAAGUUUUGCGUAUUCAGAGACAGUACAUGAGGACGAGCUCGACGACAAUCAAUGUGGUAUCGCUUGUGAAGAAUUAGAGGUAGUAUUGGAUGCAAUAUUACGCACUCUUCGAGAUGACGAUACGACGCUGAGAUGGUCAGCAGCGAAAGGUGUCGGCAGAGUGGCGUCGAGACUGCCGAAACAUCUCGCAAACGACGUUCUCUCAUCGAUAUUAUCAUCAGUUUCCAAUCACCUCGCUGGUCAUGCUGCAUGGCAUGGUGCAUGUUUGGCCAUCGCUGAACUCGCACGUCGUGGCUAUCUGCUCCCGGAGCGAAUACCAGACAUCGUUCCUCUUAUUCUUAAGGCGUUGAUGUUCGAAGAAAGGCAAGGGCGUCAUCACGCAUUGGGUGCAAACGUGCGUGACGCGGCGUGCUAUAUUUGUUGGUCAUUGGCACGUGCAUUCAGUCGAUUUGAUAUGAUGCGUUACGUUCCGCAGAUUGCUACAUCUCUGGUUUGUGUCGCUGUUUUCGAUCGAGAAAUCAAUGUUCGAAGGGCGGCAAGUGCAGCAUUCCAAGAGAAUGUUGGAAGGCAAGGCUCAUUCCCUAAUGGAAUCGAAGUUCUCACAAUGAUCGAUUACUUCGCUGUUGGAAUGAGACGCCAUGCCUAUUUGGAGGUUUCUACUCAGGUUGCCAAGUACCCGUUGUAUUCGCGCCCUCUUAUUGAACAUCUCAUUGAUCAUAAGGUUUCACUCAUUCAAUUUUUCAGUCCAUCGAUGAUCGUGAUAUCAAAGAUAGUUCCAUUGCUGGACGAUCAACAACCAAUAGUGUCACGCCAAGGUGCUAUAAUGGCUCUCGCAGGUGCAUUAUCUGGUCUAAGUGGAUGCACUUCGGUGAUAAUCGACGAUUGCUUGUUCGAGACAAUCGCGACAAUCCCUUCAAAAACGUUUCUAAUCUGUAAUAAGAAGACGAAUUCGCUCGGUGGUGCAUUCAUGCGCCGUGCAGUCAGCACUUUCAUCCUCAAGUUAUCAACUGUCAUUCCGGCGAAGUUCAUCAAUAUAGUAUGCACAACAAACGAAUGUGAAAGAGAAGGUAUCGCCGGCUUACUGAGUGCUUUGCCGCUGAGUGUUUAUGUGCUUCAAGGCCACGAUCAAUUAACACUCUUCACAAUAAUUAUUAAUACUCUUAUUGAUAUUAUUGACCGACCAUCUGCAAUCGAUGCGAUGUGGGCAUGUGGUCGACGUGCUUGUGUGGAUUCUUUAGCAAAAAUAGUCUCAGUUGUUGGUUUAGAUUCGUUAACAAAUAAUGACUCCUCAAGACUCAUCAAUUGUCUUAUAAAUGUACUGAACGAUUACACAAGUGAUCGUCGUGGUGAUAUUGGUCGGCUGUUGCGCGCAAGUGGAAUGCGUGCGUUGAGAACACUCUUGCCGAAUGCACAACGCGCGAAUCGACACUGCGAUCGCUUUGAUGAAGCCAUUUGCAAGAUUGUGCAGCAGUCGUGUGAGAAGAUUGAUGCUAUACGUAUUUGUGCUGCCGGAGUGCUGAAUGAUUUAUUGCUAUGCGGUUUGGAAAAUAUUGUCGACAGAGAAAUUCUGAAAGCGGUGUAUUUGAUUGAUGGAAGCAGCUCGUCGAGAACAUCUGAAUGGCAGUUGUCCGAUUGGGGUCACAAUGUUUGUUUCAAAAGACUUACUACACUGUUCGCGAGUCAUCAUUAUCGAUAUCAUGCGCUUGUUGGUUUCAUUGUCUCCGUUGGUAAGCAUAAGUACAAUUUUUUUUCUGAUCGGCUAUUCUCUUUUUACACACUUCAUUUUCGAGGUUCUAACGAAUCCACAAUGCGUUGUUCCGCAGACGCCUUAUUAUCAGUAUUGAAUGCUUUCCGAGACUCGCCAGCGCAAAUGGAGGCGUUUCUGCAUGAUUUGGCAACGAUUUUCUCGAAUAGUAUCGGUGUGGCUCGCAUGAUCGAACCAUUACUAUCUACUAUCGAGAAGAUUUUCUCCGCUGAAACAUUGUCUUGUUUCGAGCAAAAUCCUGACUCAUCGCCAUCUCUCAUCAGAAUUAUCGACCUUGUCGCAAUGCAGUCGGCUAACAAGAAGUGCAAACCACAAGUGCUGAAAAGCGCUGUGACGAUCCUUUCUCAUACUCUUCAUCUCAACUCUGAUAGUCAUGUUUGGCAUAAAGCUGCUUCUGUGAUAGUUUGCACUCUGCACUCAUCAGUUCCGAUGUUGCGUCGGUGUGCGGCCGAGCAGUUGUACGAGUGCGUUGCAUCUGAGGUGGCUGAGGCCGAAGGCAAGGAGAACGCUCAUCGAGCCGAGUUACUGAAUCUGUUGUCGAGCACCGAGUGGCAAUCAGAUGCGAAACAGGAGCAUUUCGUCGAGAUUAGUCGAUCAAUUGCGCGUAUUCUAAAUGUUGCAUUAUGA